GGAAAAAAUGCGUACAAAACCCACAAAUAUUUUACGCGAUAUAUUCAACUUGUAUGUGUAUAAAAGGCGACUUAAAUUUACUUUAGUUUAAUUGUAAGUUGAACAUUUCCAUGCUAAGACUGGGCCACAGGGUCUGCACUUGUAGUUAGAACUGCUUCCACACAGGCAUAGGGACGGAUUACUAUAGAAUGUUGGCGAACUAUCGUUGUGGAGGGGGAAAAACACGUAGAGCUGAGUCUGCGCGACGCAGGGGCUCACUGCCUACGAAGUUUAUCGGGCAAGACUACACCGACAAAUCCUAGGACACAUUCGGCCGCACUGUAGCCAUAUAAUUCAUCAAGCCUUCUGAUGGAUGCUGCCUAGAAGCCCUGUUUGAUCUGGUUGUGAUUAGUUUCGAAGAGCGGAGGAAGAAGGAUGUCAGAAUUCAUGCCAUACCCUUACAGAGGGCCAGGAGGUGCUUUGAUGCGCUUUAAGAAAAGAAAGUCUCGUUUCACAUUCCAGGAGGUUGAACUGCUGCUCAGUGAGGUGCAGAAACAACGGCAUAUUCUAGUCGGAAAGUUCAACCGGGGCAUUUCGAAGGAUCUGAAAAACCGCACAUGGGCGGCUCUGACGGCACGUAUCAAUGAGGUCAGCGAGUGUCACCGAGAAAUUAUUGAAGUUAUCAAGAAAUGGGCAGACCUCAAAUGUGACACCAAGCGGAGGGUGGCCGCAAUGAGGGCAUCGGGAGCCACGGCCACCCAAAUCGCACAAGAGCUGUCGCCUAUAGAAACCAUGGUGCACCAGAUCCUUCAAAUGCCUAACCCUAACAAAAAUGUGAGCAAUUUGGCGAUUGAUGACCAAAUGGAUGAUGAAGACGAGGACGAGGACAUUCCAGAUCUCUCGGAGAUACCACACAGCUCCUCACACAUGGCAAAUGGCAGGCCUCAUUCGUUUGGUUUGCCAGUGCCACCUCAUUUUCACACUGCUAUCCCUUUGCCACCUCCUUUUCACACUGCUAUCCCUUGCAAAAGUGAUACAGAGCUUCCUGCUCAUAUGAUGUUCAGCAAUUCAUCAGUGCCUCUAACAGAUGUCCAGACUGACACAUCAGAAAAGGAAGGCAGAAACAUGCAGUUUAUUCAACCAAGAAGCCAAGCAAACCAGAAUCCUGUUGGUAUUCCUGGAUUCCUCAGCCGUCCUAUUGCUGAGAAGAGCCAAGUUCGAGAGAAACCUAAUCACAACACAUUUAAUGGCCCCUCAUCUGCCAGUAUCCCAACAUUUAUUGCACCUUCUACAGCUGCCUCAUCAUCACGUUCAGCUCCUGCUCGGCUCCCUCCCCAACCUGCUCCUGUGGAGCCUCGCAGUCUGCAGGAACAUUUAUCCCAGAGUGCCUCGCUCAGCCUGCAGGAACAGCAGGCCACCACACUGCUGAUAGGGUCGCUGUCUCGCUCACUGGAGUCGCUCGCGGAGUCUGUGCAGAGAUUGGUCCACACCCAGCAGCAGUUUUCACGUGACACCUUACAACUGCAGCGUGACACACUCCACGUCCUGCGUGACUUCUCCACCAAUGCCUUGACUCUCCUGCAGGACAAGGUCAAUGGACAUCCGUAGCUCCUGAACAUGGCAGUGUUAUUGAAAGCUACAUUUGGGAGCAAGUUACAAAAAACAGUGAAUGCUGAUAGCAAAGAAAAAAUACAAUAAGCUUGAGGAUAUAUUGACACUAGAGUAUAUGGCAAUCUUUAAAUCUCAAAUUUUGUUGUGUUAUAGAGCUGACAGGACUAAAAAGAUUUCCCUGUUUAUAACAACAUAACCAAAAUAAGAAGCAUUAGGAGCUGAAAUAGGUUCUUUGUAGAGUUCCUUGUAUUUACCAACUGAAUAUUUUCAGUAGAUGGCUGGGUCUCAUAGACUGUUUGGACCAAUCGUGCACUAUUAUACAGGUAAUUUAAAUGAGCAAAAAUGUAUUUAAAAAUAGACUAGUAAUUUAAGAUAAUUAUAUUUGUGGUGCUUUUUAAUAUAUUGCAAAGUGGCCAUUAAAUUGGCCGUUUUUAAUUUAUGUAAUCUUAUUUUUAUUUGAAUUUUCUUUAUUUAGCUUUGUUAUUCUGAUUGUUCGCCAUACUUUUAAAACAAUUUCUGGCUCAAGCACUGCUUAACAGACCUGCUGUAAAUGUUUUUGAUCUUUUAGCCAAUGUGCAUGAUCUGUUUUUAGUUGUUUAUCUUAACUUGAAUUUCCAAAGACUCAUUAUUGUGUUUUAUUUUUCCUCUAGAUGUGAUUUUAAAUUCUGAUUGAAGGCACAUUAUCUUAGCUGUAGCUCCUACGGACCUGUGUUUGAUCUCCCACAAAUGAAAAGUCAGCACACUGUUAAAAAAAUGUCUCCUACUUUAAAACCCAAUGUAAAGGAUGAAAAUAAAACAUAUA